AUGAAUAGAUAUGAAGCUAAAGAUUACUUAAUCAAGAGUAAAAUGACUUACAAGAAGUAUUUCAUGCUUCCUGAAACGACAAAUCAUAUUUUAACACUCUCUCUUGUGAAUAGCAUUGAUGAGUGUUCCACCAAACUCUCAAAGUCUGACUUUAACUUAACAACACGAGGAGGAUAUCGUCCUAUAACUCCAACUCAAAUCGUAGAAUUUGCCACACAGGCCGGGUUUGCACAAGUUGAAGGUGUCGCGACGUCUCCAGCCAAAAAGAAACGUUCGGAUAAGAAGUUAAAAAUAACGCGAGAUGUUGUGAUUCGUGCAUUGAAGCAAAUGGUAGCCACCAAGACCGAAAUAAAGAGUCCCCUUGAGAUAGUAGCUUCUGUGAAUUUGUGUGGUCGUGGUGAUGCAGAAUAUGUUAACAGAGUGAAGGCUCUUGGAAUCACGUCGAUGGUGUUUGACUGUGAAUACAUAGAAGACCAAAAUUCGUUAAUUAGUUAUGUUGAGGCGGUCUUACCUGAGUGCAGUGGACUAGCUUUAUAUGCGAAGGUAUACAAAUUUGAGUUAGAGAAGUACAUAACGUUUGCUCAAAAGGGGAUUUCAGUGUGGACUAAUGGAAUCAGUGAAAUUACUAUGAAUGGGCAGAUGGAAGUCUUUCCUAUUAGUCUUGAUACAACAGAUCAAACAAACACUACAAUAGAUAUGUACGACGAAAAGUGGAAAGAAAUGGUCGACGUCGUUGCUGAGAAGGAUUGCAAAUGCUUCACUUGUUCAAAGAACAAUUCGGUAUCGUACGUCCACCACUUAUUGUUGUGUCAUGAACUCACUGGAAGUACACUCGUGUCUUUGCACAACGUAACCAAAACAAAGGUAUUCGAAGUUUUUUUGAAUGAACUCAUUAACUCGGGAGAUAAGGCUAAGUUCGAGAAGUUUGAAAAUAUCAUCAAAGCGCUCGUCCCUCCACCACAAUCAAGUAAAAGAAAACUCUAUGAAUCCUUCAACAGAAAAGAAGAAGAUGAUUGA